CUUUUUCUCCUUUAUAUCCUAUGAUUGUACGAAAUAAAUGCUUUUUUCUAUGAAAGCUUUAAUUUCUUCUAUUUCAUUGGAGCUUUAAUUUUUGCUACCUUAACUUUCAGCAUUUUUGUUGAAUGCAGCAGUAGAGUUUAUAACAUAAAGUAAUUCAAAGAUCAUAUUAAUCUAACAACAAGAAGAUACCAUACAAAGGUGAAGAAUAUGGCAAAUACUACAAAGAAGAAAACUGAGAAAACAAUUCCUGGCAUAGUGGGUUUGGUGUUUUCAUGGUCUUUAAAGGAUGUGUUGAACAAAGAUCUUUACAAAGACAAGGUUAAGGAGAUUCCGGAGACAUUCUUGUCGAUUAAUCACUACAUGAAGUCAUUCAUUACUCCACUUGUUGAAGAAACACAUGCUGAUUUGCUCUCAAACGUCGCCACAGUUUCACAAGCACCUGCAGUCGAGGUUCUUGAUGUCAAUGCAUGGAAGCCUUCUAAUCCUCCCAAAUGUUUAUAUUAUGAUAUUUUGUUGAAUAGAGUUGUCGAGGGGAAGAACAUUCAAAGAAAAUAUAAACCGGCAAAUGGAGAUUUGAUUGCACUAUCAGAUGUGAUGCCAACAAGAAUCGAUGAUUUGAACAGUCCUAAGAGGUCUUAUCUCAUUGCAAUAGUUGAUAAGGUGAAACGUGAAGAUCCAUAUCAGAUACGUAUUCUGUCUUCGCAGCCUAUUCCAUUUCAGAAAGAAGGAAACAAAAGGGGUGAACAAAGGGAUGACAAGCUUUUUGUUGUGUAUCUUUCUAAUUUAACAACAAAUCUUCGAAUAUGGGCUGCCUUGAACUCGUGUGAGGCAAAUACAAACCUGAAUAUCAUCAGAACUGUACUGAAAAGUAAUCCAAAUAGUGCUGCACUGGACUGCUCCCUUUGCUCCUCCACAGAAUCUAAAACGAAUACUGCUAUAUCAAAUUCAAGGACCAUUAUUCAGUCCUUUGGGCUUGACAGUGCUCAACAAGAGGCUGUUCUGAGUUGUAUUGCAACAAGAGAAUGUUCCCACCGGAAUACGGUUAAGCUCAUUUGGGGUCCUCCAGGAACAGGAAAGACUAAAACAGUUGCCUCCUUACUUUACGUAUUGUUAAAGAUGAGAUGUAGAACUUUGACAUGUGCUCCUACAAACAUAGCUGUGUUGGGAGUUACCAAGAGACUGGUACAACAUGUGCGAGAUGGUCUGGAAUUCGACACGUAUGGUUUAGGGGACAUCAUUUUAUUCGGUAAUGCUAAAAGAAUGGAGAUCGAUGAUCAUGAAGAUUUGUUUGAUGUAUUUCUUAAUAAUCGUGUUCGUACUCUUUCUUCCUGUUUGUCCCCUAUGCAUGGGAAAAGUCCUAUCCAGUCCAUGAUAUCUUUUCUUAAGGCUCCUAUGAAGCAAUACCAACAGUACUUAAGAGAAGAAGAAGUAGUAGAAAAGCAUAGUACCAAAAAGUCGCGGAAAAAGAUUGUCGUAAAAACCUUAAAAAAGAACAAGAAUAAGGCAUCGAAGGAUAAAAGAAGUUCUGAAACGAGGAAUAACAAGGCUGAUGUUGUUGGGGAAACCCCGAAUGAAGGUGAGACAAGUGAAGAAGGAGCGAGCGUUUGGACAUUUGAGGAGUUUGUUAUCAACAGAUUCAAACGGAUACAAAUACAUUUGACAUAUUGUUUGACGGGCUUGUACACACAUCUGCCUACUUCUUUCCUUCCGCUCGAAGUAGCUAAGGAAAUGGUUAGACUUUGUAAGAUGCUUCAAACUCUUGAAACAUUGUUUGGUUCUGUGGUUGCAUGUGAGGGGUUUAAAGAAGUUCUGCUUGGUAUUAUUUUGUCAAGGAAUAAGGCGAGACGUUUUGCUUAUCUGUAUGCAACUAAAAAAGGAUGCCUUAAAUUACUGAAAUUUCUCAAUGAGAGUCUCUCUAUUCCCAGUCUCAAAUAUGAUUAUCAAAUUCGAAGUUUUUGUCUAAAAGGUGCGCGCUUGAUUUUCUGCACUGCUUUUAGCUCAUCAAAAUUGUAUACAAAGGGAAUGACUCCAAUGGAGAUUGUGGUAAUUGAUGAAGCUGCUCAGCUGAAAGAAUGUGAAUCCACUAUUCCGUUACAACUCCCUGGUCUCCGCCAUGCUAUACUCAUCGGAGAUGAGAAACAAUUGCCCGCUAUGGUUCAAAGCAAGAUCUGCGAGAAGGCUGAGUUCGGGAGGAGCUUAUUCGAGAGGCUGGUAAUUCUAGGACACAAGAAGCACCUUCUUAAUGUUCAAUAUCGGAUGCAUCCGAAAAUAAGUUUGUUCCCAAAUAGCCAGUUCUAUGAGAAGAAAAUUACGGAUGGUCCUAAUGUUACAGCAGCAUUAUAUGAGAAGAGAUUUCUUAAAGGAGAUAUUUUCGGCUCCUAUUCAUUCAUUAAUGUAAGUAGGGGAAAAGAGGAGCUCGAUGAUCAUCAAAGCACGAGAAAUAUGGCAGAAGUUCGCCUUGUAGCUGAGAUUGUUGCUAACCUCCAUAGAGAAUCUGUCUCUUCAAAACAUAAGGUCCGUGUUGGUUGUAUAUCUCCUUACAAGGCUCAAGUUUUUGCUAUUCAGCAAACUCUUGGAAAGAGAUAUAGCACGGAUGUUAGGAGUCAUUUUUCAGUGAAUGUGCGCUCUGUCGAUGGUUUUCAAGGAGGUGAAGAGGAUGUGAUAAUUAUAUCCACUGUUCGGUGUAAUGGGAGUGGAUCUAUUGGUUUUCUUUCUAAUAUUCAGAGAGCCAAUGUAGCGUUGACUCGAGCAAGAUACUGCCUUUGGAUAUUGGGAAAUGCCACUACUUUGGUUAAUAGUGGUUCCAUUUGGACGAAUAUAGUCAUUGACGCCAAGGCUCGUGGUUGUUACUUUGAUGUUACUAAUGACAAGAGAUUGAGUCAGGCAAAUUUGAGCGCUACCAUUGAGCUCGGACAGAUAGAUACAUUACUCCGAAUGGACUCCUCUCUGUUCAAAACAGCUAAGUGGAAGGUUGUGUUCGGUGAGAAUUUCUCAAAAUCGAUCGCGAGAAUUAAGGAUCCGGAGAUAAGUAAAGAAGUGAUUUCCCUAUUGGUGAAGCUAUCAAGCGGUUGGCGAAAGUCAGAAAAGAACAGAAUGCUCAGCAACAAGGGUGGAAAUUCUUCUGCAUUGUUGGAGGUCUACAAUGUCAAGCAACUAAAAUUGAUUUGGACCAUAGAUAUUCUGCAGCAGAACUCGACACACAUUCAAGUACUAAAGAUCUGGGACAUUAUACCAGCAUAUCUGAUACCGAACUUAGCUAAGGACCUCGACAUCCUUUUUGGUAGAUAUACAGUUGAUAUGAUGAAUCGCUGCAUCUGUAGACGUGUAGAACGAAACUUAGUACUUCCGAUGACUUGGCCAAACUACGAAAAUGCUGUCUCAAGAACCACUUCAGCUCACGAUGAUCGUGACCAGACCUUGGCACGUCAACUCUCAGCUAUGAGUUUGACAGAUAAACCAGGAUCUUCAAGAAGUUCCAAUAAUUUUCACAAGUCCAAUUUGAAGAAAGGAGGAAAGAGCAAAGCAGUGUGGCAAACGGUAUCAGAUCAAUCUACUAACUAACUUUCGUGAAGAUCAUGUGGAACGUUUUGCAUAACGGAGGUAUAUGUAUCAUGGAAAUAUAAUGAUUCUUGAUGUUCUUCAUCGCCUUCUUGAAGCGUAGUCACAUAGAUUAAAGGGUAGUCAGUUGAACACCUUCACGGGGAAAUUAUAUUGCCUGUGUAAGAAGUUAUAGCCUAUAUGUAUGUUAAAAGUUUACUUUAAGUUUUCUCUUUAUAUAUAUAUAUAUAUAUAUAUAUAUUAAGUCUUGAAUGCUCUUAACGAAAUUUCUGGCUCGCCAGUCACUAGGUUUAUCAUGCUUUUACUUUGUUAUUGAAGGAUCAGUUUGGAAUCUGGCUAGAAUUAUGCAGGUAUUAGUUUUGUGGGUAUUAGUUAUGUAGGAGCUAUUUCACCUUCUACUUUCGUAUAAAAUAAUACACCAAUUUCCUCAUAAUUUAUACAUUUAUUAUUUAUGUGAAUUUCUGAAUUACAAUAUGUUGUAUUAAUUUUA